AUGGGAGGAAAAUCACACGCGAGCGGCGCUGGGUCAUCUCUACAACAAUCCUCCACCCGCCUGCUGUCUCCUGACCACUUCGACGACCCCGAUCCCGACCCGGACCCCGAAUCCUCCUCCACCGCCGCCGCCUCGUCUGACUUCGAACACCUCAGUCAAUCCGCCUCGCGCCAGCCCAGUCCCUUCGCCCUCCUGCCCCAUCCCGACGACUACAAAGCACGCGAGCACCACGACUACGCCGACGACUCCGACUUCGAGAGCUGGGGAGACGGCGAGGAUCAGUCCUCCUCCGCGGACCAACAGAACAUGCCCUCAGACUUGCGCUCAGAUCGGCCCUCCACGCAUCGCCCUCACACCCAGCAGUCGCAGCCUCUUCUGUCCGGCGACAAGCAGCCCGAGUAUGCGUCACCUCCGCGCAAUGGCUUGACAACGCGGCGGUCGACCCGCUUCAGAGAGAGGGAUCCGGAAGAGGUGGAAAACAAGAACGAUACCAGGAAACGAUAUACAUUAGCCGGCGCAUUCUUGUUUGUCAGUCUUAUAAGCUUUGCCGUGCAGACAGAGACGGCAGUCUACAUCCAGCAUGAUCUGAAUUGGACCAAACCAUAUUGCAUGUUGUACUUCACCCACGGGAGCUGGUCUCUACUGUGGCCUGCACAACUCCUCAUCCUGAGGUUGUCCAAAUGGAACCAGCCCUGGGAUGCCUUUUGGAGGCGGCACCUCUCCAUCCUGCGCUCGACCGCGCAAAUGGUGGAACAACAGACGCUUCACAUUCCAUCCCAGUAUCAGAAGAAGUCUCCCAUUCCGUACUUCAUCCGAACAACUGCCUUUGUGACAUGCGCCCUCACCGUCGCUGGUGGAAGCUGGUACGUCGCUGUUGACCUGACUACCGCCUCCGAUCUGACGGCCAUUUACAACUGUUCUGCAUUCUUUGCAUAUGCAUUCGCGGUGCCUAUACUACACGAGAAGCUCCGCUUGAGCAAGGUGGUCGCCGUUGGGAUAGCAAUUUUUGGUGUUCUGGUAGUGGCGUAUGGAGACAAGGGCACGGCAAAGCAUGGCAGCAAGUCGGGCGGAGGUACUGGAGGACCAAGUGCUCCGGACGAUUCAGAGGCAUCCAACCGUACUCUUGGAAAUCUGGUCAUCGGCGUCGGUAGCGUGCUGUACGGAUUCUACGAGGUCCUGUACAAGCGCGUCGCCUGCCCGCCGGAGAACUGCUCUCCCAUCCGAGGCAUGCUUUUUGCCAACACCUUCGGCAGCAUGAUCGGUUUGUUCACGCUGCUCGUCCUCUGGAUCCCACUGCCAAUCCUGCACAUUACUGGAAUCGAGACAUUUGAGCUUCCUCGGGGUCGAGCGGCGUGGAUGCUCAUCAUCUCGGUUCUCUCCAACGCCACAUUCAGCGGCUCCUUCCUGGUCCUCAUCUCAUUGACAUCGCCAGUCUUGAGCUCUGUCGCGGCACUGCUGACCAUUUUCCUGGUGGCGUUGUGUGAUCAACUGCUGCCACCACCGCUAUAUCACAAGCUAUCUGGCGCUGCGAUUGGAGGUGGAAUCCUCAUCAUCGCAGCUUUUCUGCUUCUCAGUUGGGCAACGUACAGGGAGAUGGACGAAGAGAGGAAAAAGAAGGCAGAAGAGACGGUAGAGGAGUCCGAUGCGGACGACGUGUGA